AUGUGUGAAGAGGAAGAAAUGCCAAGGGACUCGGAGGAGAGUCUAUUGGUAUAUAUAUACAAGCAGAAGGGAGAUGUCAUGGAUUGUGGUAACUACAAGGGAAUUAAACUAAUAGAGUAUGGAUUGAAAGUUUUAGAGAGAAUAAUGGACGAGGGAUUAAGAGAGAAAGUAAGGAUCAAGAAACAGCAGUAUGGAUUCAUGAGAGGAAGAGGGGCAGUGGAUGCCAUCUUCAUAAUAAGACAGCUACAGGAAAAGAGGCUAGAUGGAAACCAGGAGCUCUAUUGUGCAUUUAUAGAUCUAGAGAAAGGAUACGAUUGA